AUGGCUGCUCAGCGACCGUACAAUAACACGGGCUCAGGCUACCUCCAGAACGGUGCGACCGGCGGUCUACCUCCUACCGGUGCCGCACCACUCUUGCCAAACCAGGGCCGCGUUCUCCAGACUGGUCCCCUAAGGGUUCUCUGCAUUGCCGAUGUCCGAGGAAACUUGAGAUCACUCAACGAUCUUGCGAAACAGGCUCGAGCUGACCACAUCAUCCACACUGGUGAUUUCGGUUUUUACGACGACACUUCCUUGGAGCGAAUCGCCGAGAAGACGCUUAAGCAUGUUGCUCAGUACUCUCCCUUGAUCUCUGAGCCUGUCAAGAAGGCCAUCCAACAAGGUGGCCCUGGCCCAGUCAAGACUCGGUUUCCCCCUAAUGAGCUCCCGCUCUCCGAGUUGCCUCUCCUCAUCAGCGGCGAGGUCAAGCUUGAUGUUCCUGUCUACACUGUCUGGGGUGCCUGUGAAGAUGUCCGAGUAUUGGAAAAGUUCCGAACAGGCGAGUAUAAGGUACCUAACCUGCACAUUAUUGACGAGGCUCGAUCAAUGCUACUGGAGGUUGGCGGUGUCAAACUACGACUACUUGGUCUUGGUGGUGCUGUUGUCAUGCACAAGCUGUUCGAUAAUGGCGAAGGCCGCACUACUAUUGCUGGUGGCCAGGGAACUAUGUGGACGACUCUCUUGCAAAUGGGCGAACUUGUCGACACCGCUCACCGUGUUUACGACCCUACCGAAACCCGCAUUUUUGUCACGCAUGCGUCCCCAGCUCGUGAGGGUAUCCUGAACCAGCUUUCAGUAACCCUCAAGGCCGACUUUUCUAUUUCUGCCGGACUUCACUUCCGAUAUGGUAGCUCUUACAACGAGUUCAGUGUCAACCCUACUCUCGACCAUUACCGAGGCAAGCUCGCCGCCUCCAAGGCUUCUUUCAACGACGUGUGGGAAACUGUCAAGGGUGAAGUGGAACCUGCUAUUCAACAGAAUGAAGCUCAGCAGAAUCUCCUGAAGAACGCCCUUCAAAUCGUCGAGAAGAUGCCUACUACAGCCGCUGGUGGCAACCCCUUCGGUGGCCCUGUUGCUGGUCAGGCUUCUCUUGGACAAGUCGACGAGAGUGCUUUCAAGAACAUGUGGAACUUUAACCUUGCUGAUGCUGCUUUCGGUUACCUGGUCCUCGAGAUCCAGGACGGUCGUAUCGGUACGGAGAUGAGGGCCCAAGGAUUCAACUUUUCCCACCGAGGCGCCAAGCAGCAACCCGGCGUUCCUCCCACUACAGCUGGCCCAACUGGCAUCCCCUCGCCCGCCCCUCCCUCAACCCAGUCCAGCGCUCCCCCCUCCCACCAGCCGACAGCCUUCAGCAGUUCACCCGCCACCCCUCAACCUGCCCCAACCUCAAGCAGUCCCGCUCCGUCCGCCAACAACAAGGACUCAGAGAAGACCGCAUCUUCCGCUGGCGCUAAUGGCUCAGCCCAUGCUCCCGAACGUGUCUCCUCUCCCGCCCCCAAGACGCCCGCCUCUGAUAUCAUUGGACUCUUCAUUAUGAAUGUCAGCACCGAAGAGCAAUGCCGAGAUCUUUUCAGCGACGAGGACAAGCACAAAAUCUUGAAGGUCGACAAGUGGGGUAACUCCAACAAGGUUGUUCAGUUUAAGACAAUUGAGGACCGUGAUACCGCCCUGGACAGACUUCCCGAUGAUGUUAAGACUCGGACUCAAGAGGACCGAUCUAAGCCUCUGGUUAAGGUCUUCCAACAUCGCGAAAACAAGACAUACGCCACCCGAGGCGGUGCUGGUAACUGGGGUGCCAGUGGACGCGGCGGAGCCACCAACACCAGCGGAUACCGUAGUGCGGGAGGCGCCAGCGAUUCUGAAUCCAACCGACGCGGUGGCCGAGGUGGCCGCGGUGGUCGGGGUGGAGAUCGCGGUCGUGGUGGACGUGGACGUGGUGGUCUCAAGGGAGACACAUCAUCUCCUGCUGCUGCUCCCUCAACACCCGCCGAAUAA